GGUAACACUGUGCAGCUCUUCCAGAACAACCUGGAAUGUAUAGCCGAGGCUGGUCUGAUUCAUCUCUGCAGCAGGAUUUCCUUUAGGAGAUCUAUAGGAACACUGGUUCAUGAUGAGACAUAGAGAGUGAGAACAGAACUGAAGAAGCACGGUAUAUAGAUUCUUUACUUGAGCAUGGACUUUGACUACCAAAAGUUAAAAGAUGCUGAAUCUCAGCAGAGAGAGGAGCGUUUGGGUUCUCUUCCUGCCCUCCAUCCAAGGCCGAAACCACGUCAAUGUCUUGAUUCAGAAAUGCAAGUGCCAACCCAGAAACCUCCAGUGAAACCCAGACGCAGUUUAAAAGGUCGCCCAAUAGCUCAACAAGAGACUGAUCAAUUAAAGAAACAUGGUCAACAGAAGGAAAAUGAGGUGACGGUAAAGAGAAUGGCUCCCGCUCUGGUUUUAGGCCCGCUGGGGACCCUGGAGCCUUUGAGCCCAUCAUUGCGUGCUCACACUCUGCUGUGGUUUGAAAGAACGCAGCUGCCUCGACUGCGCACACCUGGACACUCUCUCCCCCGCUGGCUCCAUGGUUUCGCUACACGCAGGGAAGCAGAACAGCUGCUGCAGGAUGAGCCACAAGGCUGUUUCCUGUUGCGGCUCAGCGAGUCAAAAAUUGGCUUUGCGCUAUCCUACAGAGGAGAGGAUAGAUGUCGUCAUUUUAUCAUUGAAGAGGAGGACAGUGGAACGUUUGGUAGUUUAUAUCUCAUUGCUGGAGAAGACAGCCGUCAUCAUAGUCUAGAUGACCUGGUCAACUACUAUACCCAUAAUCCUGUGGGGCCAUUUAAUGAGAUGUUGACUGUUCCUUGCAUUCAGCCCAAUGGUGACCGUGAAGAAAUUGAUAAGUUGGGAAGGAAGAACCAGGAAGGAGAUGCAAAAUAUGGAAAUGUUAAAGAGAUCAGUAAAGACGAGGAGACAAAACUGUCCAUAGCUGCUGGACCAGCUGUUCAUGAUUCAUUACCCACAAGCUCCAACCACAUCACAUCAACCAGAGAUGACACUGUGCAGUAUGCAGCAGUCAGGAAGCCUUUAAAAAAGACUGCCUCACUCCCAGUGUGCAAGUGUGGACCUGACACUGUGCCUCCUACUGUAGAAAAUGGCAGUUCUGAGCUUGCUGAGAGACCCUAUAAUCCUAGUGUUACUUUGGAUCCUUCUCACCCCCCGGAAGCUCCAUACGCCCGAGUCAAUAAACCCCCCAGAGCGGCUUCAGAAAACACGUCCAAUGCCAGUGCUCCCUCUGAGCUACAGGGAGCGACCGCGGCAUCUGUACCUACAUCUCUUCCAAAUUUUGACAAAGUGGCAGCAGAUCAGAAAUACUGUAAAUUCGAGCCACUGCACACCUAUGAAGAGACCAUACAUACACGAAGAAGAGAUGAUGACGAGGAGAUAGACUGUUACGCCAUGGGGUGGAGGAGGCAUGCAACAGGAAACCCAGUGGAACUUCCAAGGCAUCAUGUAUAUUCAGAGGUGAACAUCAGGGGUGCACAAGAAAGUAAUUCAGUCUCCUCAAGACCCACCCCUAGUCUUCCUCUUAGACCACCACCAAGAUCUGCACAUGCUGCUUUACGAAGGGAAGGUAGUGGACAGAGUUUUGAUUUUCCUCCGCUGAUGAUUCAACCCCAUCAUUCACAUGAUGCUUCAUCCAGCUCUAUUUAUGAACGGAUUCCAGAGAGACCAACAAGCUCCAGGCCAUCUUUGCCUCCUCCCAACCCCAAACACUGACCUAGACUGUUGUUAAAUGGACUUGUGUAAUUCACACACAAAGAACUAAAACAGAGUUAAAGCCAAAUAAUGAACCAUUUGGACCAGAUAUAAUUAUCAAAACAAAUAAUGAAAACAAAGUUUCACUCCAAAUUAUGUUACUUAAAACUUAUAAUUUACUGGUCUGUGGAAUAUAUGGUUAUAUGCAGUCCUUAAAUUAAACAUAUAUAGAAUUAUAUAGAAUAUAUAGAAUUGUUUCCUUUUUGAGUCCUUCACCACAGAUACAUGGCUAUUACAAUACCUUGGAGUAAAAUAUAGAAUAAAUAUAUAAUGAGUAAAAAAUUUGCGUCACACACAUUUUAGCAACCCAA